GGCUAAUGUAACAGUUUGCAAACCGAGGGGAGUUGUGAAGGGCGCCGGCUGGCGGGGCGCGCUGUCGGCUUCGUGGUUACGUCUGCUGCCGCGUUUGUCCCAGAGCUGGGGCCACGGGAGCGGAGGCAAGAGGUAGAGGGAGUGGAGACGGCGAGGGGGGACGGCCACCCCUCCUGGAGGAGGGGCACAAUGGUAACCAGUGUCAGGAGGCAGAGGCUGAGGAGGCUAGCCCGUUGGGCUUUGAUGGCUGUGCUGUUGGCAGACCUGUUGGCACUGAGUGACACGCUGGCAGUGAUGUCUGUGGACCUGGGCAGCGAGUCCAUGAAGGUGGCCAUCGUCAAACCUGGAGUGCCUAUGGAAAUUGUCUUGAACAAGGAAUCCCGGCGGAAAACCCCAGUGACUGUGACCCUGAAAGAAAAUGAAAGAUUCUUUGGAGACAGUGCAGCAAGCAUGGCCAUCAAGAAUCCAAAGGCUACGUUGCGUUACUUCCAGCAGCUCCUGGGGAAGCAGGAGGAUAAUCCCCAUGUGGCCCUUUACAGAGUCCGUUUCCCAGAGCAUGAGUUAGGCUUCGACCCACGGAGACAGACAGUGUACUUCCAAAUCAGUCCGCAGCUGCACUUCUCACCUGAGGAGGUACUGGGCAUGGUUCUCAAUUACUCCCGGUCCCUGGCUGAGGAUUUUGCAGAGCAGCCUAUCAAGGAUGCAGUGAUCACUGUGCCAGCCUUCUUCAAUCAGGCUGAGCGCCGAGCUGUGCUGCAGGCUGCUCACAUGGCUGGCCUCAAAGUGCUGCAGCUCAUCAAUGACAACACUGCCACCGCCCUCAGCUACGGUGUCUUCCGCCGGAAAGAUAUCAAUACUACUGCUCAGAAUAUCAUGUUCUAUGACAUGGGCUCAGGCAGCACUGUGUGCACCAUUGUGACCUACCAGACAGUGAAGACUAAGGAUGCAGGGAUGCAGCCACAGCUACAAAUCCGGGGAGUGGGGUUUGACCGCACCCUGGGGGGCCUAGAGAUGGAGCUCCGGCUGCGUGAGCACCUGGCUGGGCUUUUCAAUGAGCAGCGCAAGGGCCAGAGAGCAAAGGAUGUGCGGGAGAACCCCCGUGCCAUGGCCAAGCUGCUACGUGAGGCUAAUCGACUCAAAACUGUCCUGAGCGCCAAUGUUGACCACAUGGCACAGAUUGAGGGCCUCAUGGACGAUGUGGACUUCAAGGCAAAAGUGACUCGAGUGGAGUUCGAAGAAUUGUGUACAGACUUAUUUGAGCGGGUGCCUGGGCCUGUGCAGCAGGCCCUCCAGAGUGCUGAAAUGAAUUUGGAUGAGAUUGAGCAGGUGAUCCUGGUGGGUGGGGCCACUCGGGUCCCCAAAGUUCAGGAGGUACUGCUGAAGGCUGUGCGCAAGGAGGAGCUGGGGAAGAACAUCAACGCAGAUGAAGCAGCUGCUAUGGGGGCUGUGUACCAGGCAGCUGCGCUCAGCAAAGCCUUUAAGGUGAAGCCAUUUGUAGUCCGAGACGCAGUGAUCUAUCCCAUCCUGGUGGAGUUCACAAGGGAGGUGGAGGAGGAGCCUGGGGUUCAUAGCCUGAAGCACAAUAAGCGUGUUCUCUUCUCCCGGAUGGGGCCCUACCCUCAACGUAAAGUCAUCACCUUUAACCGCUACAGCCAUGAUUUCAACUUUCACAUCAACUAUGGUGACCUCAGCUUCCUGGGGCCUGAGGAUCUUCGGGUAUUUGGCUCCCAGAAUCUGACCACAGUGAAGCUAAAAGGUGUGGGUGAGAGCUUCAAGAAGUAUCCCGACUACGAGUCCAAGGGCAUCAAGGCUCACUUCAACCUGGAUGAGAGUGGGGUGCUCAGCCUCGUCAGGGUGGAGUCUGUGUUUGAGACACUGGUGGAGGACAGCCCAGAAGAAGAAUCAACUCUGACCAAACUGGGCAACACCAUCUCCAGCCUGUUUGGAGGUGGCACCACAUCAGAUGCCAAAGAAAAUGGUACCGACACUGUCCAGGAGGAAGAAGAAAGCCCUGCUGAGGGGAGCAAGGAUGAGCCUGGAGAGCAAGCGGAGCUCAAGGAGGAAGCUGAGGCCCCAGUGGAGGACACCUCUCAGCCUCCACCCCCUGAGCCUAAGGGAGAUGCAGCCCCUGAGAGAGAACAGGCCACAGACAAAGAAAAUGGUGAAAAGUCUGAGGCCCAGAAGCCAAGUGAGAAGGGGGAGACAGGGUCUGAGGGUAUUUCUCCAGCCCCUGAGGAAGAAAAGAAGCAGAACCUGGCCAGGAAGCAGAGAAUGGUAGCAGAGAUUGGGGUGGAGCUGGUUGUUCUGGACCUACCUGACUUGUCGGAGGAUGAGCUGGCCCGUUCAGCACAGAAACUUCAGGAUUUAACAGUCCGCGACCUAGAGAAGCAGGAACGGGAGAAAGCUGCCAACAGCUUGGAAGCUUUCAUCUUUGAGACCCAGGACAAGCUGUACCAGCCCGAAUACCAGGAAGUGUCCACCGAGGAACAGCGUGAAGAGAUCUCUGGGAGACUCAGCGCUGCUUCCACCUGGCUGGAGGAUGAAGGCUUUGGGGCCACCACAGUGAUGUUGAAGGAGAAGCUGGCUGAGCUGAGGAAGCUGUGCCAAGCGUUGUUUUUUCGGGUGGAAGAGCGUAAGAAGUGGCCUGAACGGCUAUCAGCCCUUGAUAAUCUCCUCAACCAUUCCAGCAUGUUUCUCAAGGGAGCCCGGCUUAUCCCAGAAAUGGAUCAGAUCUUCACCGAGGUGGAGAUGACGACGUUAGAGAAAGUCAUCAAUGAGACCUGGGCCUGGAAAAAUACAACGAUGGCCGAGCAGGCCAAGCUUCCCGCCACAGAGAGGCCUGUGUUGCUCUCAAAAGACAUUGAGGCCAAGAUGAUGGCCCUGGACCGUGAGGUGCAGUAUCUGCUCAAUAAGGCCAAGUUUGCCAAGCCGCGGCCCCGGCCCAAGGACAAGAAUGGGACCCGGGCAGAACCCCCACUCAAUGCCAGUGCCAGUGACCAUGGAGAGAAGGUCAUCGGUCCACCAGGCCAGUCUGAAGAUGCACAGCCCAUUUCAGAGCCUGACAAAGCGACUCGAUCUGAACCUCUGGAGUUAGAAGGUGCUGGAGCAGAAUCUGAACAGAAGGAGCAGUCAACAGAACAGAAGCGAACUUUGAAGAAUGAUGAACUAUAACCCCCUCCUUCCAGUUCCCCAUUCAUCCCCACCCCCUUCUCCUACCACCUCUAUUUAUUAAACAUUGAGGGUUGGGGGGAGGGGUUGGUCCUGCCCUCAGAGGCUUAAGUUCCUUUUCUCUCACCUGUGAUUGGAGGUGUAUAGAAGGGGAAGGAAGGGACUACUCACCAGUCCUUUCAGAGUAGUUCUGUGGUUAAAACUGAAAUUGUUCUAUUCCCCAACCCCACCCCCAGUUCCCUACCUAUCCAGGUCCAAAUUUGGGAAAAAUCACUAUUAUGUCUUAAUUCGUUGCCUGUGGGUAGGUGAGAGAAUGCCUGUCAGUGGUUGGCAGACCUGUUAGUGGGAAGAAUGUCCUGGAUUAUUAGAGAGUCUCCAGUCUUCAAUCAUCCUCAUUUCUUUCGUCUUCUACCACGAAAUCAGUGUCACCCAAGGGCCAGUGUCUACAGAGCCUUGGUUACAAGGUUUGGUUUCUGAGUGCCUGUCUAUGCUCUUUUCUCCUCCAAGUUCUUCUUUUGCCCUAAGAAAACUGCCAUCCCCAUUGACUCUUCUUCCUGUAGGUUUCCUUGGCUUCCUGUUGCAAAUUAGGCUGUCUCUUGCCCAACGCCCUUAUAUCUGGACUGGCUAAAGUAAAUCUGGGUCUAUUCCCACAUGCACGUAUGACCCCUAGUGGCCAGAGUAAAUGGAGAAAGUGAAGAAGGGAAACCAGCCACUUCUCCAGGGCAUCAGCUGUGUGAAAACCAUGUAGCUCCCACCUGUGGACUCUUGGGCCCAGGAAUGCCAUGCGGAGUGACUUGGCAUGGAAUGCCAGCAUCCUGCAAGCACAGUCAAAAUCUGCAUCUUCCCGGUAUCCUGGUACUCUGUCCCUUUGACUACCUGCCCCCCUUUCUUUCCUGUUAUUCUGCCCUCCCAGUCAUAGCCUUUCCCUCACUCUCUGGGCUGACCAAAAUGUGCUUUCUACUGUGCGCCCCUAUCCUAAGACUCUGGGGGAAGGAGAGAACAGGAUGUGAAUGUGAAAACGGCACCUUGCUCUCCUUGAGGCAGGCUUUGUGGGUAAAGGAAGAGGCUGGCUUUCUUUUGUGUAUUGCUCUGCUAGGAUGGGGGCCCCUUACCCACCAUGCUGAUGUUGGGGAGCCCGUCCUUCAGUAUUCUGUCUGUAACAGGAGCUAGGGCUGCCACCCCGGUUCCCAGGGCAAAGGGGAGCCUAGUUGUGUCUCUUUUAUUCCUUUUUUUUUUUUUUUUGCCACAUUGGCAGAAA